GUCCUUCGUAUUACCCCGUCGUAGGCAGCAAACAAUAACUCAUAUAUUUCACUCAGCCAUUCACAUUUACCCACUCUUUUCACAGCCAAUCUUUCAAAGAAACCAACAACACCAUGUCACUCAUUCCAAGCUUUUUCGGUGGUCGCCGCACCAACGUCUUCGACCCCUUUUCAUUAGACGCAUGGGAUCCAUUCCAAGGCUUCUCAUUCUCUAAUUCACUGUCUAAUCUUCCUUCCUCUGCUUUUGCCAACACUCGCAUCGACUGGAAGGAGACCCCACAAGCCCACAUCUUCACAGCCGAUCUUCCUGGAAUCAACAAACAAGAAGUCAAAGUUGAGGUUCAAGAAGGCAGGGUUCUGCAGAUCAGUGGAGAGAGAAGCAAAGAACAGGAAGAGAAGAACGACAAAUGGCAUAGGAUUGAACGAAGCAGUGGGCAGUUCGUGAGGAGAUUCAGGCUGCCUGAGAAUGCCAAAGUUGAUGAGGUGAAAGCCAGUAUGGAGAAUGGAGUUCUCACGGUGACAGUGCCUAAAGUGGAAGAGAAGAAGCCUGAAAUAAUUAAAUCAAUUGAAAUCACUGAUCACUAAAGCUCUCUGUGUUUGUGUGUUUUGUCCAAUCUGAUCUUAUGGUUGAAAGUGUCGUUUGGUUCUUUAGUAAUGAAAUAAAAAGGCAUGUCGUCCCUUUCAGUAAUUAUGGUUGUGUAGCUAAUUAUGAGGUAAAUAUAUUGUAUUUUAAAGCUUCAAGUUCAAACUGUUUGAUGUAAAAUUCUUUGGAAAAGAAAAAGAAGAAAGUAUAUAUUAAUAUUAUGUUUACAAAUGGCA